AUGGCGAAUCAAAUGAGGUUUAUUCAAACAUGGGGAGAAGUAACACCUUCAUUAUCUCACCGGAUUCAACAGAGGCGAUUAUCGAGGAGCAUCUCACAACCAAAGUUGGAAACAAUUUUCGAAGAAGGAUGCGAUAGUUUUGCAGUUAAGGCGCCAAAACGGAUUGUGAUCUUUCUUCCUCUUUUGCUCUCAACGAUUUUGUACUUUGUAUUGUACAAGACCAUCAAAGGCUAUUGA